AAAAUGGCAGCCACCAGGUUGCAGCCUGUGGGUUACUGCAGAGCUUAGCCAUUGUUUUAACUUCAUGAGCUUGUUAUAACAUAAAUAAGCGAAAAACAUGUUUCAGUUACUCUGCAACACAGCAAGCAUUAUUGCUCCAGUGCGUUCAUUAUCGUUACACCUGCGAUGCCAUAAAACAGCAGACAUACGGAAACUUUCACGGUGGUAUACAUCUCCAGGAUCUAAUGCAUACAACUCCUCACAGCUCCCUGGAAAUACUGUCAGUCAUAUUUGGAGCCUCACUCAGAGAGCUAUCCGCCAGUCUGCUGUUCAGACAUCCAAACCCCAAGGAGUGGCUCUCAGGUUCAUCCUGGGACCAUCACUACUCACUGUUUCUACACGGCUGUUUUGCCAUGUAGCUCACUGUGAGGCAGAUGUAAAUAACAACACCUCAGUGGAAGUUGUUGCCAAAAAUCAUGUGCCUGAGUUCCAGUGGCACAUUUUGUGGGAAUUUGUCAGACCUCAGCUCUUUGCUCUCAUCGGGGCCAUUGUGCUUGCUUUUGGUGCAGCUAUCUUGAAUAUUCAAAUUCCCCUGAUGCUUGGAGAUCUGGUAAAUGUUGUGGCACGUUUCUUGAGAGAAAAUACAGGGAACUAUGUCCAUGAGAUAAGGGGCCCUGCAAUGAAACUACUUGGGCUGUACGGUAUCCAAGGCCUGCUGACAACUGGCUACAUUAUCCUGCUUUCUAGGAUGGGGGAGAGAGUUGCAGCAGACAUGAGAAAGACCCUUUUUGCAUCUUUACUGAGGCAAGAUGUGACUUUCUUUGAUGCCAAUAAAACUGGGCAGCUGGUGAAUCGUUUGACUGCUGACAUACAGGAAUUCAAAUCAUCCUUUAAACUGGUUAUCUCUCAGGGUCUGCGGAGUAUUACACAGACAGUUGGGUGUUUUCUCUCUCUCUAUUUCAUCUCCCCCAAACUCACAGGUUUGACAGUAGUUGUCCUUCCUUGUCUAGUGGGAGCAGGAGCUUUCAUCGGCUCAUUCCUCCGCAAACUAUCCCGUUUAGCUCAAGAACAGGUGGCAAAAGCAACAGGAGUGGCAGAUGAGGCGCUUGGCAAUGUGCGUACAGUGAAAGCUUUUGCGAUGGAGCAACGAGAGCUCCAGUUAUAUGCACAUGAAGUUGACAAAUCAUGUGAAAUGAAUGGAAAUCUUGGUGCUGGAAUAGCUGUUUUCCAAGGACUGUCAAACGUUGCCCUGAACUGUCUUGUCCUAGGAACUAUUUUUGCUGGGGGGACUUUAAUUUCUAGCAAUGAAAUGUCCCCUGGAGACCUCAUGUCUUUCUUGGUUGCGUCACAGACUGUUCAGAGAUCUUUGGCCAGUAUCUCUAUCCUUUUUGGACAGAUGGUGAGAGGAUUAAGCUCUGGGGCUCGGGUUUUUGAAUACCUUGGUUUGGAGCCGACCAUACCGCUGUCUGGAGGUGGACGCAUCCCAUACCAUUCUCUGAUGGGAAGAGUUGACUUUAUGGACAUUUCAUUUAGUUAUCCGACAAGACCUGGCCAUCAGAUCUUGAAGAGGUUCAACUUGACGCUACCACCUUGUAAGACUAUUGCCAUUGUUGGAGAAUCCGGAGGAGGAAAGUCCACGGUGGCAUCCUUGUUGGAGCGUUUCUAUGACCCAACCAGUGGCGUAAUCAUGUUGGAUGGACUUGACAUUCGAACACUUGACCUGUCCUGGCUCAGGGGACAAGUUAUUGGAUUUAUCAAUCAGGAGCCUGUUUUGUUUGGAUCAUCUGUCAUGGAGAACAUCCGCUUUGGGAAGCCUGAGGCUACAGAUGCUGAGGUCAUUAAUGCAGCCAAGCAAGCCAAUGCUCAUCACUUCAUUACAGGUUUCCCAGAUGGCUAUAACACUGUGGUUGGAGAGCGAGGUGUGAUGCUGUCUGGUGGCCAAAAGCAGCGCAUUGCCAUUGCCCGCGCCUUGAUCAAGAACCCCAGCAUCCUGGUGCUGGAUGAAGCCACCAGUGCUCUGGAUGCCGAAUCAGAGCGAGUGGUGCAGGAGGCUCUGGACAGGGCCACAAGGGGUCGCACUGUGCUCAUCAUAGCCCACCGACUGAGCACCAUUCAAGGGGCUGACCUGAUCUGUGUUAUGAGCAAUGGCCGCAUUGUGGAGGCUGGGACGCACUUGGAACUGCUGAGCAAAGGAGGACUUUACUCUGCUCUGAUCCGCAGGCAAAAAACUGAGGGGCAGAGUUGAGCACUGCUGUAGAUUUACAGUAAAAAAAAAAUAGAGCAUACUAGAGUAUGCAUGAACAGAUGAAUAUUAAAUCUACUGUAAAUUCACCAGUUCCCUGUCUAGUUUUAUGACAAACUGUCAAAUUUACAUAUGUAAAUGUGUAAGUGGACCAAAUGGAUCAGCCUGUGACAAGUACACUACCAUCUUUAGCUGUCAAUGGUGGUAAACAUGUCAGGCACACUACAAGUGGCAACCCUACCAACAAA